UAAAGAAUAGCGAGUGGUUGGAUCACAAACAGAAGCGAUAUCUCGCUUAACAGUAGCUAACAGUUCAGUCGACGAGUGCCGAUAUCAUUACGGACCUCAGAAAAGGCUGCAAAACUUGAUGGAUUUGGAGUCUGGAAGAAACGAAUUAGGAGCGAUGGGAGACUCACUGCAGCCACAAACUCCCAGCCGACACGAGAAAAGUCUGGGAUUGCUUACAACCAAAUUUGUAACGCUGCUUCAAGAAGCGAAGGAUGGAGUGCUAGACCUCAAAGCUGCCGCAGACACUUUGGCGGUAAGACAGAAACGUCGUAUUUACGAUAUCACUAAUGUAUUGGAAGGCAUUGGACUGAUUGAGAAGAAAUCGAAGAACAGCAUCCAGUGGAAGGGGGUGGGUCCAGGCUGUAACACUCGAGAGAUCGCUGAUAAGCUGAUUGAUCUUAAAUUGGAAUUGGAGGACCUCGACCGAAGAGAACACGAACUUGACCAGCAGAGAGUCUGGGUCCAGCAGAGCAUCAAGAACGUGACAGAUGACUCACAGAACAGUCCUCUGGCUUAUGUAACACACCAAGAUCUCUGCAACUGCUUCAAAGGGGACACUCUUCUCGCAAUCCGAGCUCCCUCUGGUACCCAGUUAGAGGUGCCGAUACCUGAGUCUGUGAUAAAUGGACAGAAGAAAUAUCAGAUCCAUCUGAAGAGUUCCACAGGGCCCAUAGAGGUUCUGCUGGUGAAUAAAGACCCGUCCAGUGCAUCACCCGUGGUGUUACCUGUGCCCCCUCCAGAGGACAUGCUCCAGAGCCUGCCCACCUCAGCAGCUGCCCCCAGCGGCCCAGCCAAACCAGCAGCCCCCCAGACCAGCACCAGUCAACCCACUUCCACCUCCAGUCAGAGUCCUGCCACCACUGCCCCUGCCAACACAAAUGUCACCACUGCAGCAGCUGUGCCAACCACGGGUAAGGAUAUCAAAGCAACCAGCAGUAAUACCAACACACUCUCGUCAGACACGACAGCCAAUCAGGCUCCUCCUCUGGACACACAGCCCCUCCAGUCCUCGGCGUCAUUGGACAGCAGUUCCUCACUUCCUGACUCUUCAGCCCUCUUUGAACCAAUCAAGACCGAUCCUUCAGAUUUGUUGGAUUUCCCCAAAGAACUUUCAGAAAUGUUUGACCCAACUAAAGAAAUCAUGAGUGCAGAUCUUUUAGAAGAGCUGAUGUCAUCAGAAGUUUUCUCUCCACUCCUACGUCUCUCCCCUCCUCCGGGUGACCAUGACUACAUCUAUAACCUGGAUGAGACAGAAGGCCUGUGUGAUCUCUUCGACGUUCCUAUCCACAACCUUUGA